AUGCGCUGCACCUGGGGCGAAAUGUUUAGCGAAAUGAAUGCCUGCUUCUUGGAGGUCCAACGAAAACCGCCUAGCGUUCCGCAGAUUCCCUCCGCUCGCUGUCUCGAUGCAGCCAAAUCGUCGUGCUGCCAGGACUGCAGUGACUUCGGCUACGCGCUGAACCUCCUCACAGCAGACGUGACUAAGCUUGUCAGCGACAUGAAUCCAGACUACGCGAAAUUCGUGCCUGAAGGCACCGAGAUUCAGUUCUGCAGCAUGUUUCAGGGGAAGGAGACAUGUUCAUUACUGGUGGAAAGCAUCAUCUGUGCUAUAACCUGUAAUCCAGGUUCCAGCAACUAUGUGACAUCAAACAGUGGAGCUGUAACUGUUACUGUCUGCGACACCAUGGCGAACCGGGUCUACGACGCCUGCUCUGGACUUACUUAUAACAACUUUCCGCUAAGCUCACUGAUCAAGGACGCGGGAGGGUUCAUGUCCGGCGCCAUGACGAGCAUCGUGAAGAUGGCAACAGGGCUGAAAGACGUGACCAUCAACAUCGACAAGACAAAUGGCAAAUGCUACAGUGGUCCUAAGGCGCUUCCCAAGUCCACCUCCUGCUGCGACAACAUGACUGUGCCUGGAAACUGCCCUGCUGGCGUUGUUGACGCCAACCAGUUCAGCCAGUCGCUCGGGAAGAUUAAAAGCACUGCGACGUGUGGAAACGCUACAGUGCAGAGCACCCAGGCUGCAUCCCCACCACCGCCCCCGAAGAUUGCUAAUGUUGCAACCGUUUCCCUUGUGUCGCUAGUGUGCAUGCUCGCAGGCAUGAUGCUGAUCUAA